AUGUUGCUAACCCUCAGGACCAAGUAUAUCCUCAACAACAAGCAGCUCGAUCGAGUCAGGCCACAACAUGGGUAUGGUCAAAAGAACAAUUACCAAGGACCACAAGGCACUUUCCCUGGACAACAAAUGAAUAUCCCACCAGGCUUCCCCCACCAACCGCCCCAGCCUGCACCUUCACAAGAGAAUGAGCUCAAGGCAAUGCUAAAGCAACUACUUCAAGGGCAAGCUGAUGGGGUAGUGGACACAAGCAAGAAGCUAGCUGAAAUAAACUCUAAGAUCGAGAACCUCAACACAAGGGUUUACUCUCUGGAGAAUCAUGCUUCUUCUGUUGCUGCUGCUACAAAGCAAGGACAACUACCUGGUAAAGCUAUUCAGAACCCCAAGGAACAGUGCAAGGUCAUCUUCACUCAAGAAGGACUUGUUGAAGAAGAGGAUCAAGAAAGGGUCAUUGAAGAUUUUUGUUUACUGCUGAAUGAUGAAGAGAUUGUUGCUGCUGAGGCUCCUGGAGUCCAGAUUGAUCAACCAGAAGUGCAGGCACCUACUGUGGCCAUUCACACUUCACCAGUUGAGCUCGCACGACAAGCUCGAUCGGCAGCUCGAUCGAGUCCAACUCUAGCUCGAUCGAGUCCGACCUCUUCUGUCCGACAGCCUGUUUUGCUUGAUCCUUAUCAACCGGUUGCCGCUUCCUCGUCUCGCCUACUUAGUCAAGGUCACAAGGAAGUGAUUCACAAGUUCAGAAGAGAUCUCAGUGGGAUUGGAAUUGAGUUGCCUCUAUGGAUAGCAUGA